CGGCCGAGCCCGGCUGGGACCAGGUGUCCCCGGCGCGCCAACAUGCAGCCGCGGCUCUGGCUCCUCUUCGCCGCGCAGCUCGCAGCUCUCCACAGCAGCUCGGUGCUCCAGCAGGCCCCUGCGUCCAUAAUGGUUCAGACUAACCAAACAGCGGUACUGACUUGUGAAGCCAAAACCUACCACACUACUGUGCGCAUCUACUGGCUGAGACAGCGCCAGGCCCCAAGCGCACACAGUCACCUUGAGUUCCUGGCCUUCUGGGACACCACGAAAAAGACUGUGUAUGGCGAGAAGGUGCAGCAGGAGAAGCUGACUGUGUUUCAGGAUGCAUCCAAGUACGUUCUCAAUCUCGCACGUGUGAAGCCUGCAGACAGUGGCAUCUACUUCUGCAUGACCAUCGGGACCCCCGAGCUGACCUUCGGGAAGGGAACUGAGCUGAGUGUGGUUGACGUCUUUCCCACCACUGCACCGCCCACCAAGAAGCCCACCCCCAAGAAGCCUAAAGUGUGCCGGCAGCCAAACCCGGUGACCCAGAAGGGCCUGUCAUGCGGCCCCAUCACCCUCGGCCUGCUGGCGGCUGGUGUCCUGGUUUUGCUGAUGUCCUUGGGUGUGGCCAUCCAUACACACUGCCUGCAGAGGAGAGCCCGGCUUCGCCUCGUCAAACAGUUUUACAAGUGAGCAGAGAACACACUUUUGGUGUCCUGCUGCAAAAAUACAUCAGUCAGUAACGAGGGAGAUCAGGAAUAACGAGGGAGAAGGGACACACUGAACCAUGGAAAUUUCACCGACCUGCUGAAACUGCUUGCUUUAACUGCUGCAUGGUCUUUCUGUGGGCCUCACGCACGGGAGCAACUUGUUAGGUGGUCAUGGGGAAUCUUAGAAAGAAGCUUCAGAACCCCAGAGCACUUUCUGCAACUCACAAGAUGUACUGGAGGACUGAGUACGAAAUGCUGCCCAGGACACCACUUCCGGCUCCUGUACUCACCCUGGGCUAGGCUAGGACCGUUGGUGUUGGCUGUCAAGCCACCCUCUUGCAAGUUGCUUUGCCUGGGCAGGGCAGUGACGCUGAGACCUGAGUCUCUCAUGGGGUGGUGCUGGGAUGGCUCCCCUCUGGUCUUCACAGGCUGGCCUGACCAUCCUCACAGAGAGCACCACAGAGCAGACUCAGAUUGGAAGUGAGGCAUCCAAGGAGGGGCUGACCUGGCUCCUACGGUCGUUUCAGUUUCUGAGGACCUCCUUUGGGGCUGGAAACUUGUGGUUUUGGGAGCAGGAGGUCACUUUUAUCUCCCAUGAGGAAGUUCCUCGGCGUUCACUUCUACACUCCCAUGACUUGUGUGUUUCUUCUCUUGUUUUCUGUUCUUUUCAUAAAAAUGUGUUGGUUGUAAAAAUAAAGUCCUGAGUGAAAGAGG